UUGGCCCACCAUUGUGUAAGAUCUUUCAAAUGGGCCGAAGAAACCCAUGUUUAAUCUCUCUUUUCGGCUCGAAACCCCGAAUCUGUGAAUUUCAGGCGGCGAGUGCCAGAGGGAGGGUCGCAAAACACCUUCGGAACCAAUUUCCGGCGUCAACUCCAAUACAUAAGAUACCCAAGUUUGCUGAAAAAGUCAUGUUGGAAAACAAAGUAAACUCAACUCAUAGCAAGUCCACUGGUCUGCCUCGGAAGCGUUUCUACAGAGCAAGAGCACACAGUAACCCUCUGAGUGACUCCCACUUUCCAGUACCUGUCGCCCCCAGUCAUGUGGAUUAUUCUCUUCAUUACCCGCAGCUCUUCCCCUCAUCUGAUGAAGCUGGUAGUUGCAAAAAGAUCCAGUUUGCAGAUAUUGGCUGUGGUUUUGGGGGGCUUCUGAUAAGCCUUUCAACUCUUUUCCCUAGCACUCUGAUGAUUGGAAUGGAGCUUAGGGAUAAGGUGACAGAGUAUGUCAAGGAAAGGAUUUUGGCUUUAAGGGUGACAAAUCUGGGUCAAUACCAGAAUAUCUCAGUGGUUCGCACUAAUUCCAUGAAGUACAUCCCAAAUUACUUUGAGAAAGCACAGCUUUCAAAGAUGUUUUUCCUGUUCCCGGAUCCUCACUUCAAAGAGAAAAAUCACCGUCGUAGGGUGAUCAGUCCAUUCUUGCUGGAUGAGUAUGCUUAUGCUCUAGAAGUUGGUGGCAUUAUAUACACAAUAACAGAUGUUGAAGAACUUGGAGACUGGAUGAAGGCUUGUUUAGAAAAUCACCCUAUGUUUGAAGCUCUCACAAGUGAAGAGGUCGAAGCAGAUCCAGUUACGAAGCUCUUGAGUUCUGCAACUGAGGAAGGACAGAAGGUCGACAGAAACGGGGGACAGACUUUCCGAGCAAUUUACAGACGCAUUGCUCCAUCCCUAUGAUUUUGGUUGUUAUGUAACAAUGGUGGAAUGAUUGAUUACCUUGGAAUUGUUGUAGCCUUUUCUUUUAUUUGCUCAGCUUGCGACUGUCAAAGUAGUCUCAACAAGGAUUAUGUGCUUUCUGAAA